AUGUAUUCUUCCACCCCUUUUCCCGGCGAGGCAGCAAGCACUGAGCGCCUCACCAAGCUGCUUCUCCCAGCCUGGCCCCGUCCUGCUGCGCGGGGCAGGCAGGUCCUGGGCGUCUGGAGGGAGCUGGAGAAACGUGACAAACGUGUAAAUAGUGUCUGUGUCCACUGUGUCGUUGGAGCAAGCAAAACGAGGAAGUUUCCCAGCGGCUACUGCAGCCAGGAGGACUCCGACUCCGAGCCCGAGCUCUUCUACACCGCCCGCACCUCCUUCGGUCGCCGCCCGCGUCGUCGCCAGGAUGAGCCCAGCAGCUGGGAGACGGCGGAGCUGGACCCGGCACAGGUGGAGCAACGCAUCAAGGAGUACAACAGCCAGAUCAACAGCAACCUCUUCAUGAGCCUGAACAAGGAUGGCUCCUACACUGGCUUCAUCAAGGUGCAGCUGAAGCUAGCGCGCCCCGUCUCUGUGCCAGCUGCUAAGCGGGGCCCUGGGGGGCGGUCGGGGCAGCGCGCGGCGGGCGUGAAGCGCCGCACAUCCUUCUACCUGCCCCGCGGCACCGUCAAACACCUGCACGUGUUCUCACACACCCGCGCCAGCGAGGUGAUCAGCGCGCUGCUCCGCAAGUUCACCGUGGUGGACGAUCCCCGCAAGUUUGCCCUCUUCGAGAGAUCCGAAAAUGAUGAGCAAGGUAGAGCUGGGGUGGUGGCAUCCCCAUAGCGGCAGCGUCCCCGCGGCACUGGUUGUCCCCCAUGGCGGUGGAGUUCCCAGCAGCCCCCCUCGUGGCAGUGAUGGCCCCAUCGCGGCAGCAUCCGCCGCGUUCCCUACGGUCGCGGUCCGCGUGGCCGCGGCGCCGCCCC